GCAUCUGACACAGCAUUGCAUUUCCACUAUUAAAGCCAACGUCAAAACGCUUUGAAUGACAGGCAUCUCAGAAUUGAAUGGUCUAGUGGGAGAGGAAAUAGACAUCUGAGUGUUCUUGCCAGAGCACUUCACCUUUGACCUUGGCCAGCCCCUACACCUUGACCUCCAGCUUGGUGAAUCAUCCCACCUCUCGGCACUCACCAUGUCUGUGUAUCGCAAGGAGUCAGCGGCAGCGCCGAGCUACAGCAACAGCUCAACACUUAUUGCACAAAACAAAGCUCUGGGAAGUGUGAUGUACAUGUUGGGAAUGAGAGACUUCAUCAGAGACCCUAUGGAUGUCACAUCUAUUCUGUACAUCAGCAACCUAACCUUGGAAGAUGAGACACCCCCCGCGCCAAACUACCUGCUCCAGUCGUUCCUGCGUCGCCUCUGGCUCUACCACCCGGAUUCCAGAAACCCCUCAUGCAGCUCAAUGCCUGAGAAAUCCUGGCCAGGCACAUGUCCACCCACUGUAGAUGAAGGUCUUGGGGAGGAACUCCGGUCUGCAGUGAAUCCACUGGAUCUAGUCACUGGUGCAUACAUGUCCUCCAACAGUCUUCUUCGCCAGGAGAUCACAAACCACAUGGUGCAGUGCAACUUUGCAGUGCCUCUUCUUCUUCCGGCUGUUUGGCCCGAUGUCAGUGGCACUCUUCUGCUAUGGCCCUUUCGUGGUGUGAUGGGGAUGCAAAGAUCCACCUCUGCCAACCCUCGAGAUUUUCAGAUGAAGAAUAUGGCUUGUUCCAGGAUGCCCUUGAUCUCUUGCGUCAGGCUGGGAAGCUGUGGCAUCUCCAAGUCCAGGGUCCUGAACAGAGUGCUCAGUGGCCCACGCAAGAAUUGUGAGUUUUUCGUCCACAGAGACAUGGACGGAGGACAGCUCCCUAGGAGCAUCUCAGAAGGCAUGGUGGAGGUUGGGUGGAACCUGCCCUUGGGGGAUCCAAAUGGGGACACUUUUUCUCGACCCAUUCUGCUUGCCAACUUGCGCGGAGAUGCAGCCGCCUGUCAUCGACCUUUGAGCCUUGUCAGUCGAGGCUCCGGAGUCCUUGUUGUGUUCUUUGAGAUGCUCGGAGAAAAAGAGCUGGCGGCGCUCAUCUACUGGAGAAGCCUUGCAUGCCACAUGAUCCUUGUAGACUGCUCCCGAGGACACGAGAAUGCAAGUGAUAGGGAGAGGCUUGCCAAAUUUCUACGGAAAGCAGUAAAGGAGCUGGAACUGGAAGAAGAGAUGGUGGUAUCAGGAUGCAGAGGAGAUGAAGAGGAGCUUGCUGUCCAUUUGAUAGAGGCCUUGGAUCACCUGAUCCCUCACCUGCAUGCUGUGAACCUUGUGGAUCUGGCUGGUAUCGGUCUUGAUCUCAGCUACAACGUGGAUGAGGAUGAGAUUUGCCGAAAAGCGUAUGACGAAGCUGAGGGGGUUCUGAAGGGAAUGGAGGACGACCCUGUUCAGUUCAAGGAGGAGCAGCUACCUCUGCAAGGUGCACAGUGGAAACGACUUGCUAAAAUUGAGAAAGAGCAGUGUCGAAACCAGGAGGGUGAAGGUUUUAAUCAAAGACAUCUUAAAGAGGAGGAGGAAUACAUUCGCCAACAGAUGAGGAAACAUACAGUGACACCAGCUAUGAAAGGCUUCAUAGAUGCCCUUACAACCAUCAACUCUCUCAAACGAGCUUAUUUCCUGAGCUGGAUGAAAACCCGACUGGGUGCUGUACAAUGGGAUCAACUUUCCCAAUCCGUAGAUCCACUUUUGGACCAGCAGCCUUUGGUUGAACUGGAGGGAUGUCCAUCUAGCCACUCUUUCCUUGGGCUUGAACACUUUUUCCGUGAGAUGGGGGUGAUGUAUGAGAUGUGUUACCACAGCGCAUGCAAAGACUCAUACAUAACACGACUCCCUAAUCUUGCUGCUGAGCUCCUCAUGCAUGGAGUGCCUUUAGAAAUCUAUGACGGAGAUGCCUCUUGUGUCCCCAUAAAUUGGGUGAACAAUGUCCUGAUUCAUCUACAGAAGAAGCUGUCACUAAACUUGAGGUUGAAGGUAAUUACAGCUUUCGGGCUCCACAAUUCCAAGAAUGCCGACAUUCUUACAACUCUCUUUGGAGCAAGCUUCCUGAAAGGCAGCUACAGACACGCAAAGGGGGCCUUCAUGCUUCUAGUUAUCAUACCUGAGAUGCAGAGGUGGAUGAUGGAGUGUGACCUAUUGCUUCUCAUCAACAUGGAAGGUCUAAGUUAUCCGGAGAUGGAGGAGGGUAAAGAGAGUUUGGCACAUGAUCAUGAACUGGCAACUUUUGUCACUGGACUCAGCGAUGUGCUGCUGCUGAACCUGAAGGCAGAAAACCAGGCUGACGUGAAAGACACCCGCCAGAUAGCAGUAAGUGCUCUCCUCCGCACCAAGGAGAUGGAGAAAAUGCCUGUGUGCCAACUUAUGAGUCAGUGUGAAGGAGCUGACACAAAGACCUUGUCCUUGCACAUGAGUCGCGUCAUUCAGAUUUUGUCAAUGGAAAGGACAGGAGAGGACCUUGACUCAGUUCAACUGCCUACAGAGAACAGCAAUCCCUGUAUAAUGGGCCCAUGGAAUGACAGAAUUGUGUAUUUACCUCUCAACCCAGAGUGCAGCAAGGCAGCACUGGAACUGAAGAACAAUCUCUUCUCCACAAUUCAGAAGUGUGCCAUGAAGAACCAGCCAACACGUCUUCCGCAGUUCAUGGAGUCAAUCUACCAGCUCUGGGAAGCAAUCAAACAUGAAACCUUCCCCAUUCCCUUCAACAACACUGAAGUGGCCGAUACAUUUAGCGGUGUCUGUAACAAACUGCUUGACGGGGAGCAGAACCUAGAAAGUCACAUGCAGGAUUGGUUAGGAGGAGUUGAUCAUCGCAUCUCAGACCUGAAGAAAAACAGGAGAAACUCAGAGGCCAUCCUAAAAGCACUGGAGGAUGAGACCACAAAGGAGAUUAAGUCUGAGGGUAGGAAAAUGCAAGUGAUUCUAGAAAAUCACUUCAAUAGAAGUGAUAUUAACUUCAAACUUGUUGAUGCUUACAAGCCAAACUUUUUGAGUUUUGUUAAUAUGUACCAAACGCAGAAGACCGGUCAACUAAACAAGACACUUGAGUCUGCCACAGAUGUAUAUGACCUCUCUGCCAAGGUCAAGGCUUUGCAAACAGCCAUUGAGGCUGCACUGGAAGUCAAGUUGCGAGCAUUGCUGGCUGACAGUAGGGUGAAUGAUGCAAGCUUUUUAGACAGCAAGUUGGAAGAAGAGUUUGCAAGUGUUUGGGAUCAAAUACCAACAAACUUGGAACAGAAACCAGUAGAGGUACAAGAUAUUGUUGACAACGUGAAAAAGCAAUUACGUAAUAAUCUAAGAAUUCGGGUCUUGCAGAAGUACAUAGACAAACUUGAGUAUGUGGGAAAGACUGGUGUCUCUGAGGUCUUUGAGGUGCGGAAUGAUCAUUUUGGGUUCAAGAGCAAGGUAAAGAGAACUCUGCAAAAUGACAAGAAGGAGGCCCCAAAAUUUGCAAACAGGAUGGUCGAAGCGUGUGACCGCAGUAUCCUUGAAAACGUGAAGAGAAAAGACAAUUAUAAAGACAGCUACACAACUGCAAUCCUCGAGAUUGUUGACAAGGGUUUAAGCACAAAAGACUUCAAUGUCAACUCACAAUUUGAAAUCGAUCUCAAAGUCUACGUCUGCAACAAAGCUGCUUUGGCUUUUCUGGAGAUGCAGAAUAGGUUGAUCAGGCAGAUGAAUUCAAAGGAAAAAUUCCUACAUGACAACAAAAAAAAAUACAUGCUCGACUUCAUGUACCAGUUCCGCAAGAGGGACCAGUGUCAAACAGCCUCCCACACCUUCAUCAACCUUUGUCUUAAACCUGCAGCCCACAACUAUAUCCAAAGCUCCUUGGGAGCCGCCAUCUUGGAGGACAUCUUGCAGAAAGAUGAUGCCCGGAGGUUUAUCUCACCCAGAGAAUUUCAUUACAACAUCCUUAGGGACUUGAUCACUGAAGACAACUUUGAGAGAUUCCUUGAGUAUCUUCAGUCCGGUGAGACCUUCAGCCGCAAGAGCAUCCAGGCCAUUUUGACAGGCUACUUUUCUGGGACUGUAGUGGUGGAUGACAGGAGAAAGCAACGCAUGGAGGAAAUCUCUGACAAGAUGCUUAAAGCCGUCAAUGAGGUGACAAAUGACACAAGCGGUGGACAAGGCAACAUCCGAGAAAUGUUACUAGCUGUUUGUGACAACCUGACAAAUUCUGGUGGAGUGAACGUGCCACAGGACACUCUGGAGGGACCUUUGUUCGACAUAAACACCCAUCGUGACAUUUUUGUUGCAAACCUGCGGGACUCGUUAAACGAGAUAAAUCAGGAACUGAGUCAAGACCUGCGUCGGACCGAUAAGGCAGUGGAUGUCUCGCCUGACCUGCCAGACGAGCUGCUGGAGGCCUUGUUUGACAAAGUGAAGGGAUGUGGGAGAGAGUGCCCCUUCUGCAAGGCGCCCUGUGAUAUGGGGGACAAAGACCACACUCUUCACAGCUCGCUCUGGCACCGACCCAAGGGCUUGCUGUCGUACCACUGCUCCGACUCUGCAAAUCUCUCCCACAGCACAUGCUCACAGGAAGUGAGUGGCAAAAACCAGUUCCUGAACAAAGACACCGGAGACAAGCCAGUCCCUUACAAGGAUAAUCACACCAUAUAUCCCGACUGGUACAUCCCUGAGAGAGAGGGAAGCAGCACCUACUGGAAAUAUAUACUAAUGAAGUAUAAUCAGAAGUUUGCCCAGGCGUAUCAACGUGACCCAGCUGAUAUCCCUAUGGAAUGGGAAAGGAUUCAGCAGGCGGAUGCUCUGGAAAGCUUGCGCAAAACUUUCCACUCAUAGGGAAUGCUAAUACAGUACUAGCCACCAUCAUGCUAUCCAUCAUUAUCCCUUGGUACUAAGGGAUCUGUGUUCUUUAAUAUUAACCCAUUAUGUGAUGAAAAAAAUGGUGAUUGUGAUUGUAUUUGCAAAUCAUCCUGAUAAUGCUUUAUGAUGAGUGUGAUUUAUUAUAUUUACUAUGUGUGAUUGUUAUGCCCCAUUUUAAUAAUUAAUGGUUUGUAAUGCUCAGUGAAUAAAGGGGUUGAAAAGUG